AUGAACUUGGAUCCACCCAAUAAUCUAGAGAAUCGCCAGGGAAAUCAUCCAGUGAGCGGUGCUAGCCCAAAUUAUCCAGAAAGGCCACGUAAAAACAAACCACGGAGAGUCCUGGCUGAAGAAAGGAAACGUGCAGUUCGAGCCUGCGACAGAUGUCGAAAACUGAAAGAAAAGUGCGAGGGAGGAGUCCCUUGUCGAAGAUGUUUGUAUUAUUCGAAUGUAUGCGAAUUCAACCGUACCGAUUCACAAGAUCAAGAUGACCCGCCGCGUGCUGCAAGACCUAGAAUUUCAAAGUCUCACGUUACUGAGCUUUCGAGCCGUUGUUUCUAUAUGGAACAGAUAUUGAAAGUCAGAUGCCCUGACUUGAAUCUUGAAACAGAGGGUCUUCAGCGAACCUAUGAAUCUCUCACUCAAACUGGAGCCAACCUAGUUGACACCAGGCAUCUGGAUUUAGAAGACGAGGAUGAUCUGAUAUCUCUUGAUGAAGAAGUUUGCACGAUUGAUCCGGUCCAGGAAAAUGUGACACACUAUUCCGGAGAAUUUUCCUAUUGGAAUUUCUCGAUGCGAUUGAAGCGACAUAUUGAUGACCGUAUAUCUGCAACAAUGUUCCAGUCUAUGCAUGGGUCGGAUGAAAUCUCGGGAUAUUGGAGAGCAGAAAAAGUACAAUCUGGCUUGAGCAACCUCUCCACUAUAAUAUCUUGUUUCCCUCCUCGCCACGUCGCCGAAUUUCUAGCCGAUAUCUUCUUCAAGUAUGCUCAAACAAACUACUUUCUUGUUGACAAGAGCUGGUCUAUCGAGAAAAUCAAUACGCUUUAUUCAAAGCCUGAGAACUUAUCUACUAAAGACGCCCCUGCAAUAAGCAUAGUACUCACGAUCUUUGCUAUCGGCACCCAAUACGUAUACUUGGACUCAACCCAAAGAAAUCACAGAGCAAAAGACAGUCUUACUUUUUCCGAAGAUGAGGUGGGCAAAAUGUUCUAUCAGCAAGCAGUCCAGCUUCUUCCGGAAAUCAUUGAGUUGUCGUCGCUCGAAAGUGUCCAGGCAUGUUUACUGUUUGGAGUAUACACACUUCCGUUAGAUGCUUCGGGCCUUGCAUACGUCUAUUUGAAUCUUGCGAUUCGGCUGGCAAUGCAAAAUGGGAUGCAUCGUCAGUAUACAGGAAAUGCGCUUAGCACUGUCACGAUCGAGACCAGAAACUGUGUUUGGUGGAGUGCCUAUACUUUGGAUAGGAAAAUUAACAUCUUCCAUGGACGGCCGCUAUCACUCUCCCGUAGCGAUGUCGAAGCAAACCUUCCAACUGUGUCGGAGAAUUAUGGGGAGAACGGCGAAUUUUUGAAUACAAUACAUAUGGCCACUUCUAUCAGGCUUGUUCAUUAUCUAGAGGAAUUUCUGCUUCAUAUGACAACGCUUCGUACCCUACCUAAACAAACAAUACCAAAUACUCUAUCUCGUUUGAUGGACACAAAGAAGGCUCUCGCAGCAUGGUGGGAGUCUCUUCCAGAGGUAAUUACACACCCCAUAUUAUCCCACGGUAUCGCGUCCUGGCGAGCUGCGAUGCAUGUUCGUCUAGAAUACUGUCUAGUGCGGCUUUUUGUUGGACGCCCAUUUCUAUUACGCCGUUCUCACUCUCGGUCUCGAUUUGAAACGUCUCCAGAAAUCGAACAAAGAAACCCCACAACCAAUACCUCGGAAUGUAAAGAGAAACCUCCAUCUCGGCGACUAGAGCUGGUGAAUGACUGUGUGCAAGCCGCAUUAGACGCUCUCGAUAUCUGCCUGUCAUUAAGAGACAAUACUCCAGGAUUAGCUCGAGCCUGUUACAUUGAAUACAGCUCUUGCCGUGCAUCCUUAUUAGUGUUGAUUGCAUUUUCAAUCCAGGAUGAAACAUGUCAAUUCCAUGACAUUUUGCAGCGUGGCCUCGAUAUGAUUUGUGAGAUGUCGGCUGCUGGAGACUCAGCACGAUCUGAAGUAUCUCUGAUCGAAUCUCUAGAACGUGCGCUAUCGCGUCUGCAACUGCUAGACUCGCAGGAAUCGAGUCAAAAUACGAAAUUAACAUCGGAUUUACGAUAUGAUUCGUUCAAAUCUUGGGAGUCUAUGUGGAAAGCAACCAACAACGAUCACAAUACGAGAAAUAACUGCUCCAACAAUGGAAAAUCUGUUCAAACUCCUGUCCCAUCAUCAAGGCAGUCAAGAACCGCCCCACUCUUCUCCACACAAAUACAGCAGAAUCUACAUAACGGUCCUACAAAUGUCGAUGAUGAAAACAGCCUUCCAGACGUCCACCUGACAAUCCCGAAUAAUGGCGAGAUAGAGACAAUUGACAAUUUCAGUUCGUUUUAUUCUACAAUUGAUUUGGAUCUGUUUAGCGACGCACAUAUAAACCUAGGAGCGACUGGGACUCUUCAUCCAGAGUCAGAGUUCUUUCAAGAUGUUUUACGAAAUUCGGAGUUCGUUUUCAAUUCUGGCUUUGGAUGA